AUGGCACCCAAGCUUAUCGGUUUCGCCGGCAACUCCCGAGUCCGCCGUGUGCUCGCUGCCGCUGCCCUCGCCGAUGUUCAGCUCGACUUCGACAAGUCCUUCUCGAUGAAGUCGGACUGGAAGACUGAGGACUUCCUUGCCAAGCACCCCCUUGGUUCCCUCCCCGUCCUUGAGGACGGCGACUUCUACCUCUCCGAGUCUGGCGCCAUCGCCGAGUACGUCGCUGAGCUCGGCCCCAACUCCACCCUCGUCCCCUCCGACCCCAAGCAGAAGGCCCUUGUCCGUCAAUGGCAAUUCUUCGCCGACCAGGAGCUCUUCAUCAAGCACGCCAUGGCCAACCGUUCAUUCAGCAACUACCUCCCUUACAACAAGGCUGUCGUCGCUGGUAUCCUUGACGGCGUCAACUCGCGCUUGGCCCAGCUCAACGACCACCUCAACAAUCAGACCUGGUUGGUCGGAGAGCGAAUCACCAUUGCCGAUGUCUUUGUUGCCACCGCUCUCGGAAACAUGUUCACCGGCCUGAUUGACGCGUCCAUGCGCGCCAAGAUCCCCAAUGUUGUGCGAUACUUCGAGACCUUCAUCAACCAGCCCAAGCUUGCUGCCAUCUUUGACGACGGCAAGCCCUCGCUCACCGAGACCGCCACCUACACUCCCCCCGCCAAGGCCGAGAAGGCCAAGGAGGACAAGCCCAAGGCUGAGAAGGCUCCCAAGGCUGAGAAGGCGCCCAAGAAGAAGGAGGUUGUCGAGGACGACGAUGACGAUGAGCCGCUCGUGCCCGAGGAGCCCAAGGCCAAGAACCCGCUCGACGACCUCCCGAAGUCGGCGUUCAACCUUGAGGAGUGGAAGAGGCAGUACUCGAACUUGGAGACACGAGGGGCUGGCGGUUCGCUCGAGUGGUUCUACGAGAAGUUCGACAAGGCCGGCUUCUCCAUCUGGCGUGUCGACUUCAAGUACAACGACGAGCUCACCCAGGUCUUCAUGUCCGCCAACCAGAUCGGUGGUUUCUUCAACCGCUUGGAGGCUUCCAGGAAGUACCUGUUCGGUUCCGUCGGUGUCCUCGGCAAGGCCAACGACUCUGUCAUCUCCGGUGCUCUUAUCCUCCGCGGACAAGACGCCAAGCCGGUCGUUGACGCUGCUCCGGACUGGGAGUCGUACGACUACAAGGAGCUCAAGCUCGACAACGCCGAGGACAAGGCGUUCUUCGAGGGCGCUAUGGCGUGGGACCUCGUUAUUGAUGGCAAGGAGUGGGCCGACGGCAAGAACUUCAAGUAG